GAGCUCGCAAAGCAUUGUGGGUAGUGUGAUGGUGUCUCGCGCUGGCUGAGCCCAGAACGUUUCAGUGCCUGUAGUUCUUUAGACUCAGUUUAAACAGGUUAAAGAUUAAUUUCACUUUUUAUUCCUGCUUUAAAAAACCUGAACAUGGCGUCCACUGCAGCCGGGAAGCAGAGGAUACCGAAGGUGGCGAAGGUGAAGAACAAAGCCCCCGCAGAGGUUCAGAUCACCGCCGAGCAGCUGCUGAGAGAAGCCAAAGAGAGGGAGCUCGAACUUCUUCCACCGCCACCGAAACAGAAGAUCACUGAUGAAGAGGAGCUGAAUGAUUACAAGCUGAAGAAGAGGAAGGGGUUUGAGGACAACAUCAGGAAGAACCGCACCGUCAUCAGUAACUGGAUAAAAUACGCACAAUGGGAGGAAAGCCUGAAGGAGAUCCAGAGAGCUCGCUCCAUUUACGAGCGAGCGCUGGACGUCGACCAUCGAAACAUCACCCUGUGGUUGAAGUAUGCCGAGAUGGAGAUGAAGAACCGCCAGGUGAACCACUCCCGCAACAUCUGGGACAGAGCCAUCACCAUCCUCCCGCGUGUCAACCAGUUCUGGUAUAAGUACACGUACAUGGAGGAGAUGCUGGGGAACGUGGCCGGCUGCAGGCAGGUGUUUGAGCGCUGGAUGGAGUGGGAGCCCGAAGAGCAGGCCUGGCACUCCUACAUCAACUUCGAGCUGCGCUACAAGGAGGUGGACAAAGGCCGCACCAUAUAUGAGCGAUUCGUCAUGGUUCACCCCGAGGUGAAGAACUGGAUCAAGUACGCUCGCUUCGAAGAGAAGCACGGCUACAUCGCUCACAGCAGGAAGGUGUACGAGAGGUCCGUGGAGUUCUUCGGAGAGGAACACGUGGAGGAAAAUCUCUUCGUCGCCUUCGCCAAGUUUGAGGAGACGCAGAAAGAGUUUGAGCGUGUCCGGGUGAUUUAUAAAUACGCUUUGGACAGAAUCCCUAAAAGCCAGGCUCAGGAGCUCUUCAAGUAUUACACCAUGUUCGAGAAGAAGUUCGGAGACCGGAGGGGAAUCGAGGACGUCAUCGUCAGUAAGAGGAGGUUCCAGUAUGAGGAGGAAGUCAAGGCAAACCCACACAACUACGACGCCUGGUUCGAUUACCUCCGCCUGGUGGAGAACGACGCCGACCCGGACACGGUCAGAGAGGUUUAUGAGCGAGCCAUCGCCAACAUGCCGCCCAUCCAGGAGAAGAGACACUGGAAGAGAUACAUCUACCUGUGGAUCAACUACGCUCUGUACGAGGAGCUGGAGGUCAAGGAACCCGAGAGAACCCGUCAGGUGUACCAGGCCUGUCUGGACCUCAUCCCACACAAAAAGUUCACGUUUGCUAAGAUGUGGCUGCUCUACGCUCAGUUUGAGAUCCGGCAGAAGAACCUGCAGGGAGCCAGGAGAGUCAUGGGCACAGCCAUCGGUAAAUGCCCGAAGAACAAGCUGCUGAAAGGCUACAUCGAGCUGGAGCUGCAGCUGCGAGAGUUCGACCGCUGCAGGAAGCUGUACGAGAAAUACCUGGAGUUCAGCCCGGAGAACUGCACCACCUGGAUCAAGUUCUCUGAGCUGGAGACGAUCCUGGGAGACACCGACCGAGCCAGAGCCAUCUUUGAGCUCGCCAUCGGACAGCCGAGACUCGACAUGCCCGAGGUGCUGUGGAAGUCCUACAUAGAUUUUGAGAUCGAGCAGGAGGAGUUUGAAAACACCAGAAACCUCUACAGGAGGCUGCUGCAGCGCACGCAACAUGUCAAGGUUUGGAUCAGCUGUGCCAAGUUCGAGCUGUCCAUCGAAGGCUCCGACCGGCUGCAGAAGUGCCGGCAGACCUUCGAGGAGGCCAACAAGAGCAUGAGGAACUGCGAGGAGAAGGAGGAGCGCCUGAUGCUGCUGGAGUCCUGGAGGGACUUUGAGAAGGAGUUCGGCUCGGACAACACGAUGGAGAGAGUGAGGAAGCUGCUGCCGGAGAAGGUGAAGAAGAGGAGGAAGCUGACGGCAGAGGACGGGUCGGACGCCGGCUGGGAGGAGUAUUACGACUACAUCUUCCCCGAGGACGCCGCCAACCAGCCCAAUCUCAAACUGCUGGCCAUGGCCAAGAUGUGGAAGAGGCAGCAGGUAGUGGAGGAGGACAUUCCCGAGGAAGGAGAGGAGGACGAGGAGGAGGAGGAGGAGGCGGCGGCUGAGGAGGAGACAUCACCAUCCUCCAACGGGCCCGCAGACGCUCCUGAGAACCCGCCGGGGAACGACUCAAACAGAAACACUGAAGCCGAGGAGAAUGAGGAGGAGGGGGAGAAGAAGGAGGAGGAGGAGAAGGUUAAGAAGGGGCAGGAGGAGCAGGAGGUUAAGAAGGGGGAGGAGGAGCAGGAGGAGAAAAAGGAGGGGGAGGGGGAGACGCACGAUGAUCGAGACGAUGACGGCAGCAGCAGCAGCAGCAGCAGUAGUAGUAGCAGCGGCAGCAGCAGCAGCGAGAGUGAAAGUGAGGAAGAAGAUGGAGAGAAGGAGGAGGAGAAGAAGAGAGAGAGCAGGAGCGGAGAUGAAGAGAAAGAUAAAGAUUAGAUGGAUGGGACUCUAACGGGACUUUCAUCCUGGACUGAUUUUUCUACUCAUGUUUCUUUUUUUAACAAAAACAACAGACGCAGCUGUGGAGCAGUCUUUAUUGUGCGGCCAUGUUUUUUCUGUGCAGGUCAUACAAACAUCAACUCAAACCUGCGUCCUGUCCCGUUUCUUUGAAUUCACAGCAGCUGAAGGCGUCCUGUAUGAUCAGUGGCUCUCUGGUGGAUGGCGUGGGGGAAGGCUGUCAGAUAUAUUAUGUACAAUGUUAUAAUGAAAUGAUUAAAUGUGACGGUGAGGUCGAGAGGACGCAGAGAGCCACUGGCUACUGUUAUUCAAUGUCCUCGGGUCUGACGGGGUGAGGCAGCGGGAUGAUCGACUUCUUCUCUGCGUCUCUGGACAGAGCUUUCCUCAUGUCUGCAACGAGAGAGAAAGGAAACACAUCAGGUCUCAGUGUCGUCAAACAGCGCCCUCUGCUGUUCUUAAAUAUACAGCAACACUGCAGAUUUCUCCUCAGUUGGGUGACGGGGGAAAUGUGCAGCACAGGCUUUGUUUGCUGUCCCUGAAAAAGUUUAAAUUGUAGAAUCAGAGGGUCAGUUUGUGUCUGUAUGUUUUACAAAGACAGCUUGUUUUUCUACGUCCAGGUUUUUGAGCUGCAGCCUCGACACCACUGAGGGGUCACUGAAUAUCUCCUGCUGCUCAAAGCAGCGUGGAAACAAGGUCGUGUUGUUGCAGAAAGCUGUCCUGGAUUCAGAGAUAGGAGGCUUUUACUUCAGUAGAAGUUUCAAGCAGCACAAGAUGCACCCAGCUGAACUUAGGCAAACUCUGUGGUGCAUUCAGGAACUAGGUGUUUGAGCAACUGUGGUGCAUUCAGGUGCUUCAGACUCUCAGCUGCAUCUCUAUGAAAAGUUAUUAAAUAAAGUAAAACUAAGUUUAGCGUUUGUUUUGUUUCAAAAGUUA